CAUCGUGUCUCUAGCUCGGGGUUAUUCCUUUCGAGCACGAAUAUUACAUUCUAUUUUAGACCUCAGGUAUUAUUAUGAUGUCUCAAAGUCUCAGCGAUAAAGCCAAGGGGAAACAGCGCGCCGUGGACCCCAUCAUCUCAGAUAUCCCGCAGAAGCUCUCGCGCGAGCUGAUGGUCAGGUUCACAGAGGGAAUUCCUGAUCUCGUUCUCCGAGUGGAGGAGAGAGACUCGGUGCGAGACGUUAAGUUGAAGAUUCGAACAGCUCGAUCACAGCUCAAGAAUCGGCGCCUGAGGUUGAUUCACUCUGGACGCCUCCUCACAGACGGGACAUUUUUGUAUCCUUGGCUUAAAUCGCUGGAAGAGCGGCAGCACAGAGCAACUGCGUGGGAUGCUUCCAACGAUACGGAUGACACGGCGCCUCCCACGCCUUCCUCCACUUUGUCAUGGUUGCAAUGUUCAGUUGGACCUGAAUUCGCCGAGGGCGAAGGCGAAGAGGAAAAUACGCCACAGACCGCCCAACUCAAACCUCUCCGCGGAUUUGACCGCCUCACGACAGCUGGGUUUUCGGAGGCCGAUAUUGCGAACUUUCGCCGUCAGUUCCACAGCCGGUCCUCGUUCGACUACCUGGCCACGACCGAUUUCGCCACGGAUGAGGAAUAUGAGGAACAUGCACGGGCGCUGGAGGAGCAAUGGAUCGACCAGCUCGACAACGCAGGUAGUGCCGCACUCUCGCAGAAUAACGCGUCCGGUUCAGAGAUCUUGCACGGGAUAAUUGUUGGCUUCUUCUUCCCACUGCUCCCGUUCUUCUUCUUUCGCGAGACCAAGCCUGCUGUGUUUUGGAGUAACGGUGCCGCGUCAGAAUCGCUCAGAAGCAACGUUUUCUCACGCCGAAUGCAGAUGGGCCUUGUCGUUGGGUUCCUGGUCAACCUCCUGUUUGGCUUUUGGAGAUAUCUAUGGGGCACCCUAUGAGUCGAUCAUGAGUGCGACAGCAUCGUACUAUAUCUAUGUUUUUGGUCUGAUUUCGUUCAGCCCGUUUCUUCUCCAUUUAUUGCUCAUCAAGAGCGAUGACGGUAUCAUGCCUUCCAAGAGGAAGUCUUGAUUGAUACCGGAUCAAUCAUCAAUACUCAUGAUGGUCAGCACAUUCAGUGCUCCAUGAG